AUGGCCAGCGAUACAGAAGAUGAGCUGAUGCAACCGGUGUCUGGUGAUGGAGAGGUGGUACCCAGUUUCUCCUGCACGGUGGCAGGCCGGACAAGAAGGCUAAGAAAUCGCAUCGUUCUCGGCAACGAUACAGACGAAGACAACAGCAGCAGUGGCAGUGGGCCGAUAGCGGGUCCCAGCCGGAGGCGACCGGCCGGAGCUGUAGUGAUGGAGCUGGCGUCCGAAAGUUCCGAAUGGGAAUCGGACUGGAACAGUGACGAGGAGCAGCUAUUAGAGAAGGGUGACAAGGACGCGGUGGCAGCAGUCUUGGCCAGUAAGCUCGGGUACGCCUCGGACGACUCGAGUGGCGGCAGCAGCAGCAGCGACAACGAAAAGUGUCCGAUUUGCUUGCUGUCGCUGCACAGUCAGCAAGUUGGCGUGCCGGAGGUGUGCGAGCAUGUGUUCUGUGCGGCGUGCAUCGAAGAAUGGUCACGCACCGUCUCCACCUGUCCGAUUGAUCGUAAAGACUUUGCGGUGAUCAACGUCUACCCGAACAUUGACCAGCGGACAACAGUGCUGCGGACAUACCGCGUCCAACCGAAACCGGCGGAUGCGCUCGGCAGCGAGGAACUCGAGGGUGGCACCGGUGUGCCCGGUCCGUUCCUCGAUGUCGACGUCGACGAUUUGAUCUUCUGCGAGGUGUGUCACCAGGCGCACCACGAAGAACGAAUGCUUCUGUGCGAUUCGUGCAACAACGGGUUUCACUUGGAAUGUCUCAAUCCGCCGCUACUAGAGAUUCCGUUCGGUUCGUGGUACUGUGACGGGUGCUUUGCAUCCGGCUCCGACGAGGAUGACAACGAGCUGCAAGAUUUGUUGAAUGAUCUUAACCAAAUCGGGGGCAUGCGGGAGUCUCGGCUCCGGCAGCGUAUUCGCAGUCCACCGCGAAUCGUUCGCACGCGCCAGAGUGAGCGUAUUCGCGCGGCCAUUCUCAACCGGUCGCGCGGAGAGCUGACGACCCAAGCACGCUUGGAACCGGCGAUCACUUUGUCGACUCGCCGAUCUAACAGCAACGCGGCGGCAGUGGAGCGUUCUCGGGCCAGACUGGCCGCGGGUUCUUCUGCCCACGGAGGAAGCAGCAGCAGCAGCAGCCUCGUGGCGGUAGCGUCGGCCCCGCGUGCCCGAAAAACGGUCAAACGAAAACGGCGAGGGCGCACGCGGCGCAAGAUUCUGAGUAUGAUCAUUUCGGAGUACGAUGUCGACAACAACGACGACGAAGGAGGGCGCGGGGGUGAACCCGGGCAGAAGUUUGCCAUCAAACGCAAGAAACUCUACAGCACGUUGCGCAAGCUGCGGAAAAAGCGAGCAAAACGUCGGAAAACGACCAUCACGGGUGGUGUUCACGCUUCGAGGCGUGCAACGGCCACCAUCACGGCGAGCGAGGAACUGGCACGGGCCACCAACUUCGCGGAGGACUCCGUACAGCGGCAGCGGAUCGGAACGGGAAUAACGCCGCUGAAAAUCUUUGGCGGUCGGAACGAUUUGGACUAUUUCAGCGACGACGACGAAGACGAAGAAAGCAGCACCGGUGGCGGUGGUGGAGGAGGCAGAGCGGGCGGCGACGGGUCAACACUGAUCGGUACGAUGAUCAGUGCUCGACUUCGCAACCCGCUUGGUCAACGGAGGGCACUGAAGAGUGGCUUCGAGCGGUUCAGUACGCCCAGCGGCUCGGCACCGGGCUCGAAUGGUGCUUCGGUCGAUAUCCUGGGAAGCAUUCUCGAGAGUCAAGAACGCUGGCAUUCGCGCGACGGUCUGCGGAACGUGCGGAUCAACGGUGGGAAAAUUAUUUUUCCCUGCAAUGGACCGAGUCACGAGCGUCCCAGCGACGGUGCUUCCCCGAGUCAACGCAAUCGACCGAGUGUUAGCAUUACCAGUGCAGCCAACACCUCCGGCUCCAAUAGCACAGCCACGAGUCAAUCACUGGCCGGUACCGACGGGAAUGCGAGUGGCUCCAGCAAUGUGUCAGUGAACGGAACUUCCGAUGGUGGUUUCGGUGCCGGUUCCGUCGACACUGCCACGACCGGAAGUUCGACGCAAGGUGGUUUGGGUACGGCCGACGGUUCCCUCGAUGACCUCGAUCCAUCCGAUACGUCAAUUUUUGUCGAUCUUCCGUUUCCUGGCAAAUCAUCCACCGCUGAAGACAAAACCCAGAAGAAGGAGGAUUCCCCGGACAAAGAAGUUGCAGGUGAAGGCAGUAAACCGAUUGCGGGGCGUCUUCCGAAGGGCCUAGCUCACGAUGCGACGGUUACGGCUGCCGGCAGCUCAUCGUCAUCCGUCGUAGAAAACAACUGUCCCAAUUUUUCCGUCUACUCGUCGGAGACACUGCACUUCGCCAAGGGAUCGGCAGACGGCAACCAAAUGUACGAUCCGCUCGACAGCGAGCAGCGCACCGAUGACGAGGAUGACGGGGGUGAUCGUGACGAAGAUCUGGUCCAGCUAGACGACGACGAUCCACUCGGUCAGGGCGAAAAACCGGUGGCUAGUGGGGACGUGGCGGCAAACGGAGCACCGGCGUGUACCGGCGAGCGGCUAUCAAGCAACGGUGAGCAAGACGAUGAGGUUUGCCCUGAACGAGACGAGGACGAUGGAACACCGGCGCGAGACGAGUUCGAUUCCGAGAGCGACGAUGAGCUAAAGAAAAUCGAAGCCGACUCUAGUCGGGGACUCGAUGGUCGGGGCCGGUCGAGCCGUAGCGAGCGGGGCCUGGACGCACUGACGCCACCCUUGACGACUUCGCUCGUGGCAGCUCUCGGUGCUUCCGGGGCAGCGAUGGCGGCGGCAUCGGCCAUCGCCACCGCCAACUUUGGGCCCCCGAUUGGUCUCGCGACGUCAACGGCGAGUGGGUGCGGUGGCGAUGACGAUCGCAGCUAUACACCGUGCUUGGACGAAAAGUAUCAGGAGCGCCGGGAGCUGAUCGAUCAUCACACGGGUGAGGAUACGUCCGCGGAAGAUGGCGGUCUGCUGGCGUCGUCGGUGCGGUUCCACAGUCAGGGCAGUGCGAUCGAUUCGGCGGGAAUCGGUGGCAUGGACACGGAGCUCAUAUCCGAGGAGGACGACAAUGCGUUCGCGGAGACAGCGGAGGACGGUGCGGGGCCAUCUGGUACCGGCAAAGCGUCAACCUCCACAGGGCCGGGUGCGAAGCGGAAGACGGGCAGCGAGCUAACGUUCAAAAAGGUCACGAAAAAAGGUCGCGAACGAAACUAUCGUGAAAAGGAUUCGAAGAAAAGGUCUUCCCGUCGGGACGGCGAGCGGUCGGACGGCGACGAGAAUGGGGGUGAUAGUGGCGGAGGUGACGGUGCCUACGGCGGCAAAUCGGACAGUAGAAGCCGACCCCGGCGACCGAAGCGCAAAGAGUUGCCACGCUACGACAUCCGGUCGAUUAUCGCGGAGAAGCGUCCUCGCAUCUACAAGGACCCGUUCGGGCGCGACGUCACACCGAAGCGGCGUUCCAGAACUCGCUCACCGCGAGUGCCGUCGCGCAGCCGCUCCCGGGACCGCAAUCGAAACAUUUCGAUUUCACUCUCACCCGAACCGCCGCUGCAUGUCCCUGCCGGGAGCACAAGAUCGUCGCGCCACUACGCUGGUGGAGCUGGAGCAAGCCGGCGUCGAUCGCCCUCCCCACGACAACACCGUGGUGCUCGAUCACCGCCCUCGAUGCGCUCUCCACUGCCAUUCCGGUCGCGGUCUCGUUCGCGGUCGCGCGGCGCCGGAGGACCUUUGGGGGCGCUGCGAUCGCUUUCGCCGCGCUCACCACGUGCACGCUACGCCCGAUCGAUACGUUCACGAACGUUCUCACGAUCACCAUCGCCACCAGCGACCCAUCGGGUCCCACUCGCGCUAAGUGGAGGAAGCCGUAGUUUGCGGCGCUCUCCACCACACGCCUCCCGGUCACGCUCACGAUCGCCGGCGGAACGAAAGCUGGCGGGUCGGUUGAAGAAGAAAUCGAAACGAAAGUCAAAGCGGGUCGCAUCGGUCAGUCGCAGUCGAAGCAGGAGUCGAAGCCGCAGUCGUAGCCGCAGCCGCAAACGGAGCCGCAGCCGGAGCAGGAGCAAGAGUCGAAGCCGCAGCCGCAGUCGUAGCCGCAGUCCAGUGGAUCGACGUGCUCGCCGGUUGGCGAAGGUUCCCACCUACAGCAGCCGAAGCGGGCGGAAGAAAAAAUCAAAACGCCAAAGCGUUUCUUCGCCGCCCACCCGCGCCAUUUCUCCCAACCGACGGCCGGCACAAGCAGCCUCCGGGGCGAAAAAGCAAAAGAAGAAGAGUCGCAAACGAUCGUCUCCGUCGCAGAUCGUUUCGCGAUCGACGUCCCGCACACCACCACCGCCGGCCCCUUCGGCCAGUGGUCUAACGGAACGCUUCACCAAAGGCCGCCAGCGGGGCUCGUGGACACCUCCACCAUUGGCAGCGCCACCCACGGGCAACGUGGCGACCGUAAGUGGAAGUCGGGUCAAGACGAACGGGGCCGCCAAUCUGACGGUCAUUCUCACAAACGAAGAAGCGGUGGCCAAGCAGCAACAGCAACAGCAGGCUCUCGGCAGCACUGCGAAGGAGCAUCGCAGCAAGGCCGCACGGAAGGAGGCACGGCGCCGGGAGCGGGCCCGAGAGAAGAAUAGCCUACCCUCGAAGGAAGUAUUUACAUCGGGUGAUAAUAUUCUUGUAAGUGUUAGCUUUAACGAUAAGACAACACCGGCCGCUGGUGGUGGGGUCGGCGGUGCCAAGGAGCUGGACAAGGCGCUGGGCGAUGGCUCGACGGCGGACGAACACCGGUACCACCACCACCAUCACUACCACCACGGAUCGGGUGCGGCAACUAGUGGCACGGAUCGAUCCAAGCAGCGGCUCAAGGACGGUGGUGGCGCGGCCACAUCGAAGCGCCAACGAGGAGAUCAGCGUGCGGUCGCUGGCGCUGCUCCGCUCGACGGUUGCGAGCGUCCGAAAAGUAAGCGCGUCGAUCGGAUCGGUAAGCAGCAACGGGGGACGCUGGCGUCGCGUCUCGGGGAUGGUUCCGCGGUCAAGCCGGUGGUUAUCAUCGAUCUGGACGGAUCGCCCUUCCGUGUGCUGACCCCAUCGCCGAAGGCCGUCAUCGUACUGUCGGACAGUGAUACCGAGAAGGACAAGGAUCUGCGGGGCCCUGUUGGUGGCGGGGGAGCUUCCGGAAGCAUUCUCGUCGCACAGGUCACAGGAGGACCACAUGGGCAGGAGAAAGAAAGCAACGGAGGAGCUGUUCGCAGUAACGCCAUCGGCCAAUCGUUGGGCCAGUCGUUGGGUCUUGUCGUGGAUGGGCAAAGCGGUGGCGCGACAGCACUCCCGGGCGGUCCAGGUGGCGCAGGAGCUACGGGUGGUACAGGAGCAGGCGCUGGGUCCGCGUUGCGCAAGACGCCACCAGACGAUGAUAUGUUUGGCCCAAAGACACCACCAGGCUUCCCGAAGUCAACCGGAACCUCUGUCGUAACCGGCGCCAGUGCACCCUGCGGCGCCGCUGUUGCGCAGUCUACUACCUCCUCGUCCACCAACAACAAAACCCUGCUGCAGGCCCCGAAGUUUUCGAUGCAAGUAAAAACCAAGUCAUCCAAUGUGCGUCCCGUCAAUCCGUUGUACGAUCCCGGUGACCUCGACGACGGAAAGGACGACGAAAGUCCGGAGCGACAAGAUGAAGCAUGCGCUGGCGGCGGUGGUGUCGGUGGCGGCAGCGGUGGAAGUGUUGUUGGUGCAGCAACCGAUGGUUCGAACGGUAGUCAGGUCGGAGUUACGCUAUCGCAGGCUGGCUACGUCGGAGGGCACGUGGCACUAACAAUGGCCACAUCCGUUGGACCGAACACGCCACCGGAACCGGCACCCCAAUCACCUUCGCCAGAUGUUUACGAUCCAUUCGAACCGACUAAGUCACCAUCGCCCUCGCCGCCACCGCGGGAUGCGCUCUCGAUCGGGCGACUGUCCGAGGAAGAUGAACCGAAUAACAAGACUGCCGUGGUGGCUCCCGACACUGCGAUCGCGGAACGAAACACUGAACUCAUGAAUGGUGGUGGUGGUGGUGGCGGCGUCAGUGUCGAUAACGUCGGUUCGCGAACACCUCCCCUGUUGGGACGGACAGGCGUUGCACCGAAAGUAACGGUUCUCAGCAGUAUCGUGCUGAGUGCGGCCAACAUCGCCACCUCCGAUGCUAACUCCGAUUCCGACGUUAUCUUUGACGAUUUCCCGCAUUCCUCGGGCGCCGCAAUGCAGAAAGCACCCACUUCCGGUGGUGGAGGCAACAGUCUGAUUUCGAAGCUACCUCUGCCCGGCCAGCAGCAGGGCAGCGGUGGGGUAAUUGUGCAGAGCAGUGGCACCUCUUCCGGGCCAGCAAAGUUCGUCGGUGACUUCAUGAACCCAACCGACUCACCGUACUCGCCGGGGGCGAGCGAUUUCGAUGAUCUGUUCGAGCCACCACCGGGCGGUGGCGGCGACCUGCAAGGUUUAGGCGACUCGCCUUUGUUGCCACACGUUGCCAAACAGCAGCCCAACAGUGGUCACCAUCCGACACACUCGUUGGCUCAGCAGCAGACAUCCUACAAACCGUCAACAUCGAAGAUGCCAACGACGAAGGCGGCCAAAAAGUCAACCAACCAAUUCGAUUGUCUGUUUGGCUCGUCGCCACCAAAUCACACCGGGGCACGGAUGGGCCGCGGCCGGAAAGGGGGCCACAAGCGCUCGAAGGGCACCGGAGGAGGUAAGCUAAACCAAAAAGGUGACACAGCGGAUGACGAGGAUCCGUCGAAGCUAUCGGUGAAGGAAAAGUUCCUGAAGAAACUCAAUCGACUCGAGCGUGUCGUCGAAGAGGUGAAGUUAGUUAUCAAACCUUACUAUAACAAAAAGCAAAUCAACAAGGAUGAAUACAAGGAUAUUCUGCGCCGUGCCGUACCGAAGAUUUGCCAUAGCCGCACCGGGGAAAUUAAUCCGAUUAAAAUUCAGAAGCUCAUCAAGGCAUACGUACGCAAAAUACGUGGCAAACGGCGGCUGACAAAGAAGGGUGGCCCCGGCAGCGGUGGUCCUUUAGGUUUGCCGACGAACAACAGCAACGCGAUCAUAAUAUAAAGCGAAAAGCAACGGGUGCGUCCACCAAAAUGGAUAUAGGUUUUCGUCUUAAGGUGGUAAGGCGCGAGGCAAUCUGUAUAAAGUUGUACUUUAUUUGACACACGCUAAUCUGUGAGUUUAAGCUGAAGAAACUGUAGGCAACAGUCAAGCUAUGUUCUUGUAAUUAUUAUUACAAUCGAAAUUAGUUGUGUUUUACACUGCUUCUACUAUUACUGUUUGAUUUAUCAAUGUAUAUAAACUUAAGUUCAAGCACAUCAAGAAUUUUUUUUCUGGCAUGUACUCCCCCGAUACGUGGCCAGGACUCUACGAAGAAAGCGACCAAACCGUUUAGAUAGAUGCAUAACUUUGUGCUUUCCGCCUAUCGUUUGAAUUUACAAAAGCGUCGCUUUAUGCGCACAUCGUAGUUUUUCGUUUCAAAAUCGAACUCUGAACAGUUUCAGUUUUCUAAAAAGAAUCCUGCAUGCGGUGGACGAGUUAAGCGUAAGAUAAGUUUAAAAACGAAGCAUGAUUAUUAGUGAGGCAAAGCAUAAGUAGUGUGUAGUGUGAAUGAAACCACCAAAAGAGAGUGGCAGUGAUUGGCAGACAGAAAAUCUUCACAAACGGGAAACCGACAGAAUUUUGUGCAAGAGUGUGUGCAAGAGUGAAUGAUAAUGUUUAUUACUUUUUAUACCAUUGGCCAAAUGAUGAUCGAGUGUGACGGUAGUAGAAACUCCUUCUGCUGCACAAUGAUGAUCCUACGCUCUGGGUUCACCUCGAACGGAGUCACAAUACAAGUGAUUGAUUGUUGAAUUGCUGAACCAACGAGAUAGAUACACACAGAAAGAGGCAAACUGAUGCGGUGAUGCGGUUAGUGAGUGAAACAGUAAGGGGACUAUACAUUAAAUUUCCAUCAAACUCUGGCACUCUUCGCGCCGAUGUAGCAGCAGCGCAAGUCGGGCGACGUUCGGAUGGGUAUCUCUCGAGUUUAAAGACAUACCUUUCUCUCAAGCUAAUCAGCUGCUCAAGUAGUAGAAUUAUACUGACAGAAGGAAAAAAAUCAUUACAAAUGCUCCAAUCUUUAGCCGAACGGAUAGCGAUCAUCAGCAGCCCCAUCAUUCAGAUUUCCCCAUUGCGACGGAAAUGAGGAAAUCAUUUAAAUAUGGUAUUUAUAUAUAGUUUCAUUGUAUUGUAGAUAAACCAAGAGCAAAUAGAGUGUUACUGUCAACAACUGGGAAAUGUGGAGAAACACAAAAUUAUGCGACCUCCACAAGCUCAGACAGCAAUCCUUUCAGCGCAAACUACUACGCAACUUGAGGAGAAAACGUUGCGUUCUCGAAUUCGUCGAAGGUAGCAGGUGAGAUCGAUCUCGCUUUCUCCUUAUCAACAAUACACACAUAUAUUUAUUCGUAUGUAAUACUGCACACAGCAACACAUUCUGACAUAACUAAUCACUCGGUCAAGUCACCGCAAACGGCGUUUUAAUGAUAAGCUGAACAUAGUAAGUUGUUAAGUAGCGAAAAACACUAACGAUUGGAAGUGCAGAACCGUGUGGGUUGCGUGUCCUUCGAGCGCGCCUCUUCCUUGCGCGGUGCCCAGAGGCCGCCGAUAACGAUGUUUCUCAAUGGUUUAGUUCACAUCCAAGCAUAAGUCAAUUGUAGCCAAACGACGUGCUGUACACCGGAGAGCUUUCGCUACACAUCGAUGUACCCGAUGCAAUCUAUCUGUUUAAAAUCGUUUCUUUCCCAACUUUUGUUCGCCUUCCGGUUACUACUAAGCCGCACACCUCCUCAGUACAGGUGCCGUCGCCUACAUAGGAAAAGCACACCAACUCUAAUCGUUUGAUGCUGGAUGCUGUUGUAGGACCUCAGAAAUGGGCGAACAUGCGUGGUCAGCAGAACGCCAUCAACGUGGGCCACCAUUGUCAGUCGUGUGCUAACGGUUUAGAUUGAAGCGGAUCAUAGGUGGAAAUCUACCUUAUUCACAGGACCGUCACCGCGUGAGAUUGAAAGAAAUUCGUGGUUUAAUAAAUCUAUUAUGUA